AUGCCUUCACCCUACCCAUACACCAUGACUAUUGAAACAAUAUCCUCAACCUGGUUUGACCAGGCUCAUUUCAUUCCUCCAGAUGCCAUCUUCGCGCUGACAGCGCAGUAUCUGGCAGACCCAUUCCCCCAGAAGGUCAAUCUGGGACAAGGCACCUAUCGCGACGAGAAUGGAAACCCGUGGGUUCUGCCCUCCGUGCAAAAGAGCCGGGAGAUCCUCUCCCAAAAGCUGAAUCACGAAUAUUUGCCGAUCGUGGGCCUCGCGAGCUUCCGACAAGAGGCUGCCAAAUUGGCGCUGGGACCCGAGCUGUUCGCGAAGCAACAAGAUAAACUCGCCACCUGCCAGAGUCUGUCGGGCACUGGAGCCUUACAUUUGGCGGGGCUUCUCCUGCGAGCGGGCAGAGCAUCGCGCCCGAAGAUCUAUAUCCCCGAGCCCACCUGGUCCAACCACCACCAGGUGUUUGCCUCUCUCGGUUUCCAGUGUGAAACAUUCCAAUACUAUAACCCCGAGACAAAAGGCUUGGACAUCGACUCAUACUACGCUGCAUUGAAAGCCGCCGAGCCCAACUCCGUCGUCAUCAUCCAUGCCUGCGCACAUAACCCGACCGGCUGUGACCCCAGCCAAGAGCAGUGGCGAGAGCUGGCGAGAAUCUUCAAGGAAAGACAGCUAUUCCCGCUGUUCGAUGCUGCAUAUCUUGGCUUUAACUCGGGCAACGUGGAUAAUGACGCCUUUGCGAUUCGAUUGUUUAUUGAAGAGGCCAAGCUAGAGGCAGGAGUCUGUCUGUCCUUCGCUAAGAACAUGGGUCUCUACGGCGAGAGAGUGGGCUGCUUCCUCUUGGCGACAAGCACCGAAGAAACCGCAGUCAAGACACAGUCCAUGCUUGAGAUGCUACAACGGUCCGAGGUUUCUAACCCACCGGCGUACGGCGCGAAGAUCGCGAGUACCAUUCUCGCCGAUGCUACUCUCCGACAGGCCUGGCACGAUGAUCUGAUCACCAUGAGUGAUCGAAUCCGUUCAAUGAGAAGGGCGCUAUAUGACCGGCUGAUAUCGUCAGGGGCUCCGGGUUCGUGGGAGCAUCUUAUCCGCCAGUCUGGAAUGUUUGGAUUCCUGGGAUUAUCUCCAAGUAUCGUGCUGAAACUGCGUGAGCAAUACCACAUUUAUAUGGCAGGCAACUCACGGAUAUCGAUCGCCGGGUUGAACGAGCAGAAUGUGGAAUAUGUUGGAGACUCGAUCACGGAGUGUCUGAAGCAGAGCUCAUAG